AUGCUAGCUGGAAAAACUCAGAUUCAGAUAACAAAAACUAUUGUACCAUCAUCAGAAGAACAACCAGAUGAAUCCUCUUCAUCUCGGAAAAUAGUAUCAAAUAAUAGAACUAACUUAGAUCGAAAAAAUGAUAUUGGAUAUAAGGAACAUCAAAUGGUUAACAGGACUAUUUACAACCGUAAUAUUGCGCUUAGUACUACUAAUCACAGUCAUCUUAGUUCUUUACCUUAUCGAAAACGAAAUAUUAAUCGUGUACGUCUCGAACCGAUCAAACUAAACCGCGCGAUGGAUGUUAAUCAGCAACCAAAAUCAUCAUCACAAAUAAGCCAUGUUCCAUAUCGAUCAAUUACAAGAACAAGAAACUUGGUCAGAAAAGAAAGAAGACUGAUUCCCUUGUCUCGAGAUCCUUCUUCAACAGUCAAUGUCGACGAACCUACAGAGAAUACCAAGACUAAUGCUCCUUCGCUGACAACCAAAAUGAAUAAUAACUAUGACGAAACAAGCAGUACAACACAAAUUAAUAGUAAAAAAGUUAAUGAAACAACAAACCAAGCAGAAUCUGUCGUUUCAUUUAUCGUUAAUUCAUCAUCAAGAUCCAGUAUCAAUGGUUAUAUGCAGGACCAAGACAAAGAAAAUACAUUUGACGAAAUCAAAACUAGACCGAUAAAUACACCAUCUCUCCCAACAAACACCAAUGAAGAAAGUGAUGAAAUAAAAUGUGAUUCAUUAGAUGUGAAUGUAUUCAGUUCUAAGUUUUGUCAAUUAAAACAAAAUGCUAUUGAAAAUAAUUUCUAUCGUACAACAAUCGAAAAAUGGAGACACGAUACGUUGGAACAAUUAAUUUCAUCAAUAAAAAAUUUUGCAUUGGAUAAGCAUCCUAUUGAUCAAACAUGGAUUAUAUUCUACUGGAUUUCACAAAAUAUUGAAUAUGAUGUCGACUCAUUUUUUCGACACAGUAUCCCAAGUCAAAAUUCAAAAGCAGUAUUUCAUAGUAAAAAAAGUGUUUGUGAAGGUUAUGCUACAUUAUUUAAAACUUUAUGUGAUAGUAUACAAUUGCAAUGUGUAAAAAUUAGUGGUUAUGCUAAGGGUUAUAGUUAUAGACAGGGCGGUUCGUUUUCUGAUACAAAUCAUGCAUGGAAUGCGGUAAAAAUUGAUCAACAUUGGAUAUUACUCGAUUCAACUUGGGGUACUGGUCAUGUGUAUCAUCGUCAGUUUAAAAGGAAAUUAGAUUUGCAUUACUUUCUCACUCGUCCGGAGCAAAUGAUCUAUGAUCAUUUACCUGAACGUAGUGAAUGGCAAUUAUUAAUAAAUUCUAUUGAUAUGCCAACUUAUUUAAAGUUACCCCAUGUAUGGUCAACAUUUUUUAAUUUGAAGUUAGAAAUUAUUUCACCAAAAAAUACAUGUUUUGCACGUAUGAAAGAGAACAAAUCAUAUUCUCAGAUAGAUAUUCGAACACCCGAUGAUGUACAACUAUUUUGUUCAAUGGAAAGUAAUAAGGAAAAGAUUGAAAAUGGUCAUUUAGUGCAAUACGAUAAUGAAAAGAAAAUGUGGCAAUGUUUAUUUUCGCCGAAACAAAUUGGCUUAUAUGUAUUAACAAUAUUUGCUAAAAGAUUAUCGGAUCCAGGAGAAUAUACGUGUGCAGUCCAAUUUAAUUUAGAUAUUAAAACAACUAUCAAACCAUCUUUAUCUUUCCCAAUGACUUAUAGUAACUGGACAGGCAAUAAAUGCACAAUUUUUGAACCAUUACAUGGUAUUCUGAAAAAAGGAUCUAAAGUUACCAUUCAUUGUUCAAUUCCAGGAGUAGAUAGUGUAAGAAUAAUAUGCAGUGGUCAGUGGCUCUCGGAAGGCGGAUAUAAAAAUGGUAUUUUGAAACGAAAAAUAACUGUUCCGGAAAACGGAACUGUUACAAUAAAUGCCAGGCAUGCUGAUACAUUAACUUAUUGGACUUAUAUUUCGUACAGUGUCGCUUGA